CUGAAGAAUCGUUAAAAGCAAAUGACACCGUUAAUGGAAUGGCCCAAGUAACUGUAUUGUACAAUACAUCGUCCAGCAGUGGCAACAGCGUACAUUUUAUCAACCCAGGUUUUCCCGAAGCAUUUAGCAAGAGGACAAAGAUUAUCGGAAAAAGCAUGUUAAGUAUUGCGUCGUAUAAAUCUCCGUACGGUGUAUAA